AUGGAUUUACCGCCAAACGCGCCUCGUAGAAAAUGUGAUCGGUACAUUUUGCACCCUGAUGAGCUGAAAAGUAUUUUGGAAAACUUACAAAACCUGUCGAAAGCAGAAAACAACCAGACUGGCAGACAAAGAAAGGAUAGUGAAAAUAAGAAUUCCAAGGAUCCUUUCAGAGUCUUUCACGGAAUCGGACCAGAAGGUUGUCAGGCAAUAACAUCGCUCUGCUUCGCGCUCAAGAAUUCUCCUUUACCUGGUUUCGAAGUUUCUGAACCCUACAUCGAGCUUUGGUCUGGUCUUCCAACUAUGCAUGCUUCUCUGAAUAAAAUUACUGCUCAAAAUUAA